UGCAAAGGCAAGCAGCUAUUCAACAACAGUCGCGUGUUUAGAACCCAAGCAUGCGAGCAGCGCGGAAUGCAGAAUGGUUGGCGUUCCGCGCAGUCAAGGAUGUGUGCGAUGCAUUGGCCGCAAGAUCAAGUGCGACAUGACGCGCCCGCAGUGCAGGCGCUGUCUCAGUCAAGGCAUCGCCUGUCCUGGAUAUGACCGCGGCCUCAAGUUCCAGGACCAGACGCAGUCGCUCACUCGCAAGUACGGGCGGGUUUCCCGAUCGUCCAUGGACGAGGCCUUUGCGCCCAAUUUGACUCUGGAGGCUCUUAAUGUCCAGACCAAGGUGUCUUUCCAACAUUGGCUGGACGAUCACUUCCCCAGCUAUGCCAAGUCGAUGGACUCGCGUGCCGAUGUCAACUGGAUGGACUUUAUUCGCACUCGUUGGUCGUUUUUCCCGCCCGCGCUGGUCUGGGCUUUCCGUGCCUUGACUUCGCUGCAUAUGGGCGCUCUGCACGACGACAAGGAGGUGAUUAUGUGCGCGCGCCAUAUGUACAGUCGCGGCAUCCGGCACCUGGCUUGUCUUUUGCAGUCCAAGGCCGCCCUUUCGGACGAGACCCUGGCCGCUGCUAUUCUGCUCGGAGGGUAUGAGGUUUUAGACGGCAACACUGGUUAUUCGUGGAUCAUCCAUUCUCGUGGGAUCCGCCAUCUUCUGUGUGCUCGCGGCCCUGCAGCGCAUGUCCAUGGCGUCGGUCGCACGCUGAUCCUCUCCUGGCAGCCUUUCAUCGUCGCCGACGCGUUCAUUAAUUCCGAGCCCUGCUUCUUGGGCGACCCGGAGUGGGCGCGCGUGUCAGUGCGCAGCGAAUCUACCGAAGACCAGAACCAGAGUGGAAGUCUCUUGGUUGAAACGAUGGACCGCGCAUUUAAUGAAGUCGCUAGAUGUCCCGGAUACCUAGCAGUGACCAAGGAGAUCGUCACCUCAGAUAGAGACGCCGACCCUGUUGACCUAGCUGCUCUUUUGGACUGCAUCCUCAGGUCGAGGCAAAAUCUCAUGUACUGUCGGAGCAAACUAGAAGAAAACCGUCCGCCGCCGUCUUUUAUUGGCGAGAUACCCGAGGCAACUGCACCGACUUUGGUCCAGGGGUCUCGCGGCGGGGUCGAUUCUGCUAUCGCGCUUCUUAAUCAGUUGACGACGAUGCUUCAGUCUCAUGUCAACGGAAGAGCCAAUGCGCUUUCGGGCCCGGCCUCUUUAAAUAACCGGUCAGAUCCAUGGCGCAUUGUUGCCAUGAGGCCGGCCGUGGGGAGUGCAAGCCAGUCGCCCGAUCCUGCACACUUGGAGCCGAACCCCAGUACCUACGUUGUCGGUGAUCAGAUGGAUAAGUUCUCGUUGACGAUGGGCAUGGGCAGUCUAGCACCGGAUGCAUGCGGUUGUCCUCAGUUUUCAGCGCACAAGGCUAUUGCUUUUUAGAGUGAGACACGUUCAUGAUUUAUGACUGAUGUAUAUACUUUAACUACAUUGUAUUGAAUUUCUCAAACCAGAUUAACUCCUUAAUU